CAGGUGCUCCCUCUAGACCUAGCGAACUUGGUCGCUGCUCCCGUCUCCGCGCCGUUGUCGGGGCAACCCUGGCCGCCGCCAAGCGGCCUCCCGCUGGGAAAGGGGCGGGGCCCGAGGCGGGGGGCGGGGCCUGCUAUUAAGUACUCUCUCUCCCCACCCCCCUACCCCUCGCCGCCGGCCUCCCUCCGGGCUCCGCCUGCUCUCCGCCCAUCCGUGGUCCUGCUCGUCCACCCGUCCGUCCACCCGUCCGUCCGUCCGUCCGUCCGUCCGUGCAGAACGCGCUCAUGGCCCGGGAGCAGCUGCUCGGGUGCUCCGGGCUGGCGGGGGCAGCCCUGGCGUGCUGCCUGGUGGCGGCGGCCGUGGCGCUGCGCUGCUGGGCCGUGCGGGGCCGCCGGCGGGCGCUCUGCCUGGCCAGCCGCCAACAGGAGGCGGCCCUGGAGGCCAUGGGCCGGACAGUGCAAGCUUUCCGCCGCCAGAACCCAGGACUAGACGAAGAGAGUGUCCUGGCCCUGUCCCUGGCCCAGCUGGUCCAGAAGCUCAAGAGCCAAGAGCUGUCCCCAGAGGUCGCCCUCUACAGCUACCUGGGCAAGGCGUGGGAGGUAACCAAAGAGAUCAACUGCGUGACCAACUACCUGGGCGACUGCAAGGCCCAGCUGGCAGAGGUGGUGCGGCAGCCCGAGGCGGGCGGCCUCCUCUAUGGGGUCCCCGUCAGCCUCAAGGAGUGUUUACAGUACAAGGACCAGGAUUCGUCCCUGGGCCUGUGCCAGAACGUUGGCUUCCCGGCCACGGAGGACUCCGUGGUAGUGCAGGUGCUGAAGAAGCAGGGGGCUAUUCCUUUUGUGCAAACCAACGUGCCCCAGUCCAUGUUCAGCUUCGACUGCAGCAACCCCCUAUUUGGCCGUACCCUGAACCCCCGGAACUAUGCCAAGAGCCCUGGUGGGUCUUCAGGUGGGGAGGGUGCCCUCAUAGCGGGCGGUGGAUCCAUCUUGGGCUUGGGCACCGAUAUUGGGGGCAGCAUCCGCUUCCCUGCAGCGUUCUGUGGCAUCUGUGGCCUCAAGCCUACCUCAGGCAGGAUCAGCAAGCGUGGGCUGAAGAACUGUGUCAAUGGGCAGCUGGCAGUCAUCACCUCUGUGGGGCCCCUGGCCAAGGAUGUCGACAGCCUUGCCUUGUGUUUGCGAGCAUUGCUCUCUGAGGACAUGUUCCACUUGGAUCCCACGGUGCCUCCUGUGCCCUUCAGGGAAGGGGUCUAUGCCAGCACGAAGCCCCUGCGGAUUGGCUACUAUGAGUCUGAUGUAUACACCAUGCCCAGCCCCUCCAUGAAGAGGGCAGUUCUGGAGACCAAGGCGCUCCUGGAGGCAGCUGGCCACACGCUUGUCCCAUUCAUGCCCCACAACAUUGCUUAUGUCAUGGAGACGCUGACUGCAAGUGGGCUCUUUACUGAUGGAGGCAAGGCCUUCCUGGAAAAGUUCAAAGGCGACUCUGUAGAUCCGUGUUUGGGGGAGCUGAUCAUCAUCCUCAGGCUGCCUAAUUGGAUGAAAGGGCUGCUGUCCAUAAUACUCCGGCCUCUGCUCCCAAGACUGGCCACUUUUCUCUGCAGCAUGAAGUCCCGGUCAGCUGGGGAGCUUUGGAAGUUACAUCAUGAAAUUGAGGAAUACCGUCACAGUGUCAUCAACCAGUGGAAAAUGCUGAAUUUGGAUGUGGUUCUGACCCCCAUGCUGAGUCCUGCCCUGGGCAUCAACUACCCAGGCAAAGUCACAGGGGCCGUCAGUUAUACCAUGCUUUACAAUUGCCUGGACUUCCCUGCCGGUGUGGUCCCUGUCACCACAGUGACCCAGGAGGAUGAGAAGGAUCUGCAGAAGUAUCGGGGCUACUUUGGGGACAUUUGGGACCUGCGGCUCCGCAAGGCCCUGAAGAACAGCGUGGGAAUGCCCGUGGCAGUCCAGUGUGUGGCCCUGCCGUGGCAGGAAGAGCUCUGCCUCCGAUUCAUGCGUGAGGUGGAGAGGGUGAGCCAGGAGGCCAAGAAGCAGGCCUAGAUGCCUCUCUGAGGGCUGAGCCAGGGCCCUCUCUUCUCAGCAGCCGCCCUCAGCCUUCAGUCUUCAAGGGGGGCAUCAAUAGCCCCCACCCUUUAAAGCCAUGAAUUUAUACACCCUUUCCCCCCCAGGCAUCCCAGUCCAGUUCUCAGGGACAAACUCUUUUCCCUCCCCUCCUCCCCCAGUCCCCCCAUGAAUGUUAUAAACCAGAAAUGGUCCCAAGGGGGGGUGACUGAAAGAUCCUGUGCCUGAUGUUCACAAAUGUUCACAAUUGUUCACAAUCGUUCACAAUAAUAAUUCCAGGAAGCAA